AUGGGGUUUGCUGAUCUGUUGGAGAGAACUGGAGGAAUGGGACGUUUCCAGGUCACACAGGUUAUAUUGCUGUGUUUUCCUAUAUUACUGAUGGCAAGUCAUAACCUUCUGCAGAAUUUCACUGCUGCAAUCCCAAACCACUGGUGCAAAAUGAACGAUACACGGGUACUUAACGGCAGCAAGGAGGGCUGGGUCAGCUUGUACAGCCCCUUGGAUGAAAAUGGGAGGCCAAAUUCAUGCCAGGAAUUUGUCGAAAUACAGUGGAGACCAGUGGGUGAGAAUAUCACAUCUCAUAACAGUACGGAUGUAGAGACAAGAUCCUGUACAAUGGGUUGGGAAUAUGAUAGGAAAGAUUUCACGUCAACCAUCAUCACAGAGUGGGAUCUGGUAUGUGGAAAUAGAACCAGAAGACAGCUGGGUCAGUCACUCUACAUGGCUGGUGUCCUGUUGGGAGCCAUCAUUCUGGGAGGACUUUCAGACAAGUAUGGACGAAGAGCAUUGCUGAUCUGGUCUUACUUCCAAAUGACAAUCAGUGGAAUCUGCACAGCCUUUUCUCCAAAUUACAUCUCCUACUGUGUGUUUCGGAUCCUUGGAGGAAUGGCUCUGUCUGGAAUAGGACUUAACACGACAGCACUGAUUGUAGAAUGGGUACCAACCAAACAUCGCACCAUCACUGGCACCUUGGCUGGAUAUUCAUACACAGUUGGGCAGCUGGUCUUGGCAGGUUUAGCCUACUGCAUACGAGAUUGGCGAUGGCUACAGUUCUCUGUCACGGUUCCAUUUUUUAUAUACUUCCUCUAUUCCUGGUGGUUCCCAGAAUCUGCCAGGUGGCUUGUUCUCUCAGGUAACACAUCCAAGGCUGUUAAUGAAAUGAAAAGAGUAGCCAAGUAUAAUGGUAAGCUGGAGGAGGCUGAGAAGAUAACAAUUGAGUCGCUAAAGGCUGACAUGAUGAAAGAAUUGGCUAGUAGCAAAUCAUCCUAUUCAGUUUUGGAUUUGGUCCGAACUAGCAAUGUGCGGAGAACUUCCAUUGCUGUGAGCUUUGUAUGGUUCUCCACAAGUUUUGCCUAUUAUGGUUUAGCUAUGGACCUUCAAAAAUUCGGAGUCAGCAUAUAUCUUAUUCAGGUCAUCUUUGGAGCUGUUGAUUUUCCAGCCAAGCUAAUCUCCACCACAAGCAUGAUCUACAUUGGACGAAGAGUGACACAGUUCUUUUCCCUCGUCCUUGGAGGACUGGCAAUAUUGGCAAACAUUUUUGUGCCAAAAGAGCUUCAGAUAGUGAGGACCAGCUUGGCAGUAUUUGGAAAGGGAUGCUUAGCCGCAUCGUUUAGUUGUGUUUUUCUUUACACCACAGAAUUGUACCCUACAGUCAUCAGACAGAGUGGUCUUGGUUUGGGUAGCACCAUGGCACGCUUGGGUGGCAUUGUAGCCCCUCUUGUGAAGAUAUUAGGUGAAUUCCAUUCCUUCUUGCCUCUGCUCAUAUAUGGAGGUUCACCAAUAAUAUCUGGGAUACUGGUCUACCUUUUGCCUGAGACUGUGAAUAAACCACUGCCUGAUACCAUAGAAGAUGUUGAAACUGGGUUAAAAAAGGCACCAGAAAAAGAAGAGAAGAAAGAAAUUGUGCCUCUACAGACAGUACCCACAAACUCUGUACAUGUGGCCAUUUGAUAUCAGUGGUGCCAAUGAAGCUUGCCAAAAUGAUCACUCUAAUGCUGCCAGAAUACUAAGUACUGGCGUACAUAUGGGUGCUUCUGAGAACUG